CUCUUUUGGAUGCAAAUCUCUUUUACCUCAUCACUCAGGUCAGCCGUCAGGUAAACACCUUCGUGCUGGGUCUCUUCUCUAUAUAUAUAUAUAUAUAGACAAGGCAAACCCUUGCCUUCGAGGCUUGUCUGUUUCAGCAUAUCUCUUAGGAUGUAGAAUUAGGAAUUAGAGAUUUCAAACUCUAGCUCUAUAGCAAUAUAAAUAUUAAAUCCAAAAUCAAAUCUUCUUCAUCUUCACCGACUUCUCUUAAGAGCACUACUGUGAGUGAUCAGAGAGAAGAAGGCGGAAAUGGGUAGACCUCCAUGCUGUGACAAAAUCAGUGUGAAGAAGGGUCCAUGGACUCCUGAAGAAGAUAUCAGACUGGUGUCUUAUAUUCAAGAACAUGGUCCAGGAAAUUGGAGAUCAGUUCCUAUUAAUACAGGCUUGCUUAGAUGCAGCAAGAGCUGCAGGCUUAGAUGGACGAACUAUCUCCGGCCAGGUAUUAAACGUGGUAGCUUCACUGAAAAAGAAGAGAAGAUGAUAAUCCAUCUCCAAGCCCUUUUAGGCAAUAGAUGGGCUGCCAUAGCUUCCUACCUUCCUCAGAGAACAGAUAAUGAUAUAAAAAAUUAUUGGAACACCCAUUUGAAAAAGAAGCUGAAAAAGCUCCAAAUAGAUGUUGAUGGCCAAAAUCAAGAUGGGUUCUCUUCUUCUCAAUCAGUCUCUAAGGGACAGUGGGAGAGAAGGCUUCAAACAGAUAUCGGGAUGGCUAAACAGGCCCUUUCUGAGGCUUUGUCCCUUGAUAAACCAAACUCUUUAACAAACUCAAAGGACUUCAGUCUCUCUCACCCUUACUUAAGACCAUCUCAAUCUCAAGCAUCUACUUAUGCAUCAAGUGCUGAAAACAUAUCCCGGCUGCUUGAAAACUGGAUGAAAAAUCCACCAAAUCCAGCUGCCCAUCAAAUAAAUUCAGCUGAAACGAUGACUCAGAAUUCCUUCAACAAUACAACCACAGCUGGCUCCAGCUCUAGUGAUGAAGGAGCAUUAAGUGCAACUACAUCUGAGGGUUUUGACUCUUUUUUUAGCUUCAACUCUUCCAAUUCAGAUGUUUCUCAUGAAUCUGUCUCGGCGGAUCUGAACGCCAAUUUGACAACUGAAAACAGCGUCUUCCAAGAUGAAAGCAAGCCCAAUUUGGGGGCUCAAGUCCCUCUCACAUUGAUAGAGAAAUGGCUGUUGGAUGAUGGUUCAGCUCAGGAUCAUGAAGACCUAAUUAACAUGUCUUUAGGAGAUAGUGUUGGGUUGUAUUGAAAAACGAUCAACUUUUAAUUAGGGUUCUUUGUUUGUUUUUGGUGGGUUUUUAGGCCUUCCGUUCUAGCCUAUAAGCAGAAAGAUAACACUCUCUAGGGAGGAGCAAGAAGUGUAAAUUACAAGUAUAUCUAUAUUAUUAUGAAAUAUAUGUACUGGAUCAUAAUAAAUUAUAAAUAUCUUCUCAUAAUUUUUUUCUUUUUAAUUUGGACUUAAGAGAAGACGUUGUAAGUGUUAAAAUUUGAUUUUGAACAUGUUAUAUGUCAUUUUUUUAAGAGCAAAUAUAAGAUCUAUAUGAAUUAAUU